AUGAAGCAAGAAGAGGGUGCACAAACACCCACUACCACAUUCUCAGCAGCACAAUGGGGAAACCAAAUUCCUAUAGACCCUGCUCUUCAGCAACAGUCUCAACCUCAGCAACCUCCGCCUCAGCAACAAUCUCAAUAUCAACCCUCGCAGCAGGCGCAACCACAAACACAGUACCAAACCCAACAACAGACACAGCCACAAGCACAGUACCAAGCACCGCAACAGACGCAGCCGCAGCCGCAAGCACAGUACCAGCCCCAGCAGCCUCAGACGCAGCCACAACAGGCGCAACAUACCACCACACCUCAAUACUCACAUUAUCAGGCAUACCAGCAAUACACGCAGCAUUCGUAUUCGCACUACCAGUAUCAGCCUGCACAAACUACGCAGCAAGCUCAGCUGGCUACUAUCCCCACUGCUCCGAAGCCCGUCACUGCUGCUCCAGCACCUGUAACAAGUAGCCUGGACACAACAGACGUGACGAAGCUUAAUGAUGCGUUGGGCAGUGCUGGAGUUGAUCUCAGGGCAGAGGAAGAGUCCUUGCAUAGAUCUUUCGACCAGUAUCAGUCGUAUCGUCCAUACGAGGAUCGCAGCCGGAAACAGCCAGUGCGGCCGAAUUUUGACACUCGCAUUCUUGGUCAGAGAAUACGAGAUAUUGGAGCACAACAUAAAGUGACCAAGGUUCCGGAAGACUCGGUUAACUACCUUGCGCUCGCGCUCCGUGCACGGCUGCAAGAUCUUGUGGAGGCCAUGAUUGCAGCUUCUGCACACCGCACAGACACUCAGUUCGACCGUCCCGCAUCGCAAUUCGAAGACGGGAAGCCCAUGUGGAGUAUCCUCAUACGUGCUGACGUGUCAAAGCAGCUCGCAGCCAUUGAGCGCGUCGAACGCGAAGAUGAGACUAGAGUCCGGCGGGAGCGCAAAGAGCGGAGCGAGAUGGCGGCUGCGCACGCAGCGGCACUGGCUGCGCAGCAGGCCGGGAGUGGCAUGUCUGUCGACGGCGACGCAGAGGACGGGCAGCCGAAGAAGAAAAAGAAAAAGGCAGAUGGUCCUGGUGUCACGGCCCGCAAUAUGUCUGAGGAUGUGCGCAAGAAGAUGUCGAACGCUGUCGCGAGCCAGGCGGCGGGCCUUGGUACGAAGUACGCGUGGAUGAACACGAGCGUGGGGAGCACGCCACCAGCGACGAAGUCGAAGCCUGCCGCACCCGCGACCCCUGCCGCACCUUCGGCACUCAGUCCGGUAACGACCACGACCCCGGCAGCCAGUGCCGCUUCUGCCAGUUCGUGGGCAAGACCAUAUAUUUCAAUAAAACCUACGACCCAGAGCACCGCGUCACCCGAGGCAGAAGACAAGCGACGACCAAUCACGCUCCGAGAUGCUAUGUUUGCCAUUGAGAAGGAGCGUGGCCACGGUGGCGGACGAGGUUCUGCGAAAGGAUGGACUUAA